AUGGCUGCUGCGUUUCGCCGUGGUCUCCAACAUGAUGCACAUCUUCGUGCUGUAGCAUUUUUAUUGUGGGCGCACAUGGUGUCUGGUUUUCGACAAGCACGUGCAGAGGAACAUUUGCGUAUACGCAUGCAAAAGUUUCAGAGUCGCAAGACUCGUCUUGUGCUCAGAGCUGGCAGAGUUGCAGAGGCACAAAUUCAGUGCAAACGACGUGAGUUGCAGUCUGAAGCUUUCUUGCGCUGGCGGUACUGCUUCCAGGAGAGCAGCAAAGCACCGAGCGAUGGUGCUGAGAUGGCCGCAUUGUCGCGAACCCAUCGAGCCUACCGGCAGAAGGUCUACAGGCUGGUUGAGAGUGGCUGUCGCUCGGAGCUGGCAAAUUGGCUGCAAGCUUGGCGAUUAUCUGUUCGCUUCUCAAAGAUGAUGGAUGAAUUCUCUUUGCAGCAGCAGGAGAUGCUUUUGCUCGUCGAACGCAGCAAUAUGUGGAUUCUCCAACUUCAAGAAGAACGCCGGGAGGUUGAGGAGCAGCUGCUUGCUGCCUUGUCGCAGGUUAACGAGCUGCAGCAGGCCUUGUCCCUGGAGGCCCGUUCAAAGGAAUGGUUGACGAAUUCCGGCAGCUCCAGGAGCAUUUGA